AUGGCUCCAGAGUAUCUUGUUAAGGGACAACUAACAGAGAAAGCAGAUGUUUAUGCUUUCGGCGUGCUGGUCCUAGAAAUUCUAAGUGGUAGGAAGAACAGUAUCUUCGGGCAGGCCUCAGGUUCGGUUCUGCAAUCAGUUUGGAAGCAAUAUAAAUCAUAUAGUAUUGCUGAGUGCAUCGAUCCUGUGUUGAAAGGCAAGUUUCCCGUCUCAGAGGCAUUGAAUGUGAUUCAAAUCGCGCUUCUUUGCACCCAAGCUUCCCCAGAUUUACGACCAUCCAUGUCUGAAGUAGUUGAGAUGCUCGAAGACCGGGAGUGUAUGGUUCCCGUGCCAAAGCAACCCCCAUUUCUCAACAAUAAUCUGAUUCCAGAUGACUCCAGCAGAAGCUUGAAUAUAAAUACUGGGAUCACAAAACAACCGACAAAUUCUGAAAUUUCCUUCGCUUCCACCAUAAGCCUCCGGUGA